CAGAUGCCGCUGGGCUCUCCGCCGCGGCCCCGCCCUCCGCCGCGGCCCCGCCCAUCGCCCAGGCCCCGCCCACCUGUCAAGUCUCGUCGCGCAGGCCCGUGCGAACGGUGCGGCUCUCGACCCCGCCCCGGGCCCCACUGGGCAUGCGUGGCGCGCGUUCGGCCCGCCCCCGCCGCUGCGAGCCGAACCUGCGGGAAGAUGGCGGCCCCGCUCGUCCCGCUCACGCAGCAGAUGCCCCCUGGGAACCCGCUGUACGAGUCCUACUACAAGUGGACCCCAGCUCCACCGGCCGUGUCGGGGCAAGUGAGGCUGCAUUGUUCCUGAAACGCUCUGGGCUUUCAGACGCUGUCCUGGGGAAGAUCUGGGACCUGGCAGACCCUGACGGCCACGGCUUCUUGGACAAGCAGGGCUUCUAUGUGGCCCUGCGCCUGGUGGCGUGUGCGCAGAGCGGCCACGACGUGAGUGUGAGCAGCCUGGGCCUGAAUGUGCCGCCACCCAAGUUUCACGAGAGCACCAGUCCCCUGAUGACCGCGCAGUCGUCCGCAGAGCCCCACUGGGCUGUGAGGGUAGAGGAGAAGGCCAAGUUCGAUGGCAUCUUUGAGAGCCUCCUCCCUGUCAACGGACUGCUCUCGGGGGACAAGGUCAAACCCGUGCUCAUGAAUUCCAAGCUGCCCCUGGACGUGUUGGGCAGGGUCUGGGACCUGAGUGACAUCGACAAGGACGGGCAUCUGGACAGAGGCGAGUUUGCGGUGGCCAUGCAUCUGGUCUACCGCGCCCUGGAGAAGGAGCCGGUGCCCGCUGUGCUGCCGCCCUCCCUCAUCCCGCCCGCCAAGAGAAAGAAGUCGGUGUUCGUGGGCGCCGUGCCCGUGCUGCCCGCCAGCCCGCCGCCAAGGGACAGCCUGCGCUCCACGCCCUCCCAUGGCAGCGUCAGCAGCCUCAACAGUGCAGGCAGCCUAUCCCCAAAGCCCGGCCUAAAGCCCGCACAGCCCCCUGUCAGUUGGGUGGUUCCAGUGGCUGACAAGCUGCGCUUUGACGAGAUCUUUCUGAAGACUGACCUCGACCUAGACGGCUACGUGAGUGGCCAGGAGGCCAAGGACAUCUUCCUGCACUCAGGGCUUCCGCAGAGCCUGCUGGCGCACAUCUGGGCCCUGGCCGACACCCGGCAGACGGGGAAGCUCAGCCAGGAGCAGUUUGCCCUGGCCAUGCACUUGAUCCAGCAGAAGGUCAGCAGGGGUCUGGACCCCCCACAGGUCCUCUCCCCCGACAUGGUCCCACCCUCAGAGAGGGGCACCCCUGGCCCGGACAGCUCCGGCACCCUGGGCUCCACAGAGCUGACAGGGGUGGCAGAACUGGAUGACAUCAGCCAGGAGAUUGCCCAGCUGCAGCGAGAGAAGCACUCCCUGGAACAGGACAUCCGGGAGAAAGAGGAGGCUAUAAGGCAGAAGACCACUGAGGUUCAGGAGCUGCAGAAGGACCUGGACCGGGAGGCGAGUGGCCUGCAGGAGCUGGAGGCACAGAAGCAGGAAGCGCAGGGCCGCCUGGAUGAGAUGGACCAGCAGAAGGCUAAGCUGCGGGGCAUGCUGGGAGACGUGCGGCGCAAGUGCCAGGAGGAGACGCAGACGAUCUCCUCUCUGAAGACCCAGAUCCAGUCACAGGAGUCAGACCUCAAGUCGCAAGAGGAUGACGUGAACCGGGCGCGGUCAGAGCUGGCGCGGCUGCAGCAGGAGGAGGCUCAGCUGGAGCAGAGCAUCCAGGCAGGGCGCGCACAGCUGGAGACCAUUCUGCGCUCUCUGCAGGCCACACAGGACGAGAUCGUCCAGGCCAGGAACAAGCUGUCUCAGAUUCACGACAGCCAGCACGAGGCCCGCCGGAGCCUGGAGCAGCUGGACUUGGUGCCCAACAGCCUGAGCCCCGGGGCAGAGCUGGGCGAGGGCAGCGUCCCCGACAGGGCGGGCUUUGGAGCCAUGGAUGACCCUUUCAAAAACAAAGCCCUGUUGUUCAGCAACACCGCCCGGGAGCUGCCGCCCGACCCCUUCCAAGCUGACGACCCCUUCAAGUCGGACCCCUUCAAAGGCGCCGACCCUUUCAAAGGCGACCCGUUUCAGAGCGACCCCUUUGUGGAGCAGCCACCAAGCUCAACAGACCCAUUUGGUGGGGACCCAUUCCGAGAGAGCGACCCGUUUCGUGGCUCCGCCCCUGACGACUUCAGCCAGAAGCAGGCCAGGACUGACCCCUUCACCUCCGACCCCUUCUCCAAACACUCCUUACCAGCCAAGCCUGACCCCUUCGAGUCCAGGGACCCCUUCUCCGGAGCUUCCUCCAAAGGCUCAGGCCCCUUUGGAGUUUUGGACCCGUUUGGAAGCGGCUCCUUUGGAGGCACAGAGGGCUUCGCCGACUUCAGCCACAUGGGCCAGCCCCCAGCUUCUGGCCCCCUCUCCUCCUCCUCUGGCGAGGCAGCAUUCUCAGAGGAACCCUUUAAAAGUAAGCAGGACACCCCCACUCUGCCGCUGAAGAAGCCGGCCCCGCCUCGGCCCCAGCCGCCCAGUGAAGCUGCGGCUGACCGAAGAGGCCCCGCGCCGUACGCGCUCCUGGGCGGUGAAAGCACGCCCGUAGGCUCGCUGGCCUCCACAGAUGCGCCCACGGGCCCUGACCCGUUCCAGCCUCUCGGGGCUGGGGACCGCAGCGACCCGUUCCAAAAUAACCAGGGUUUUGGGGACCCGUUUAGUGGAAACGAUCCGUUUGCUCCCUCUUCUCCGGCUAAGCCCCCCAAGACCACGUCCCUGGGCCUGGCGGCCUUCAGCUCUCUGGGCAAUGAGGAGCAGCAGCUGGCCUGGGCCAAGCGGGAGAGCGAGAAGGCAGAGCGCGAGCGCCUGGCGCGUCUGCGUCGCCAGGAGCAGGAGGACCUGGAGCUGGCCAUCGCGCUCAGCAAGGCCGACAUGCCGGCCUAGGUGCCCACCCGCUCCCGUGCAGCCGCGAACUCUGAGUCAUAUAAACUGUUUUAAUACGAAACACGGAGCCGACGCUUCCUUCCAGCUUCGCCCAACACCCCCCCUCCCCCCCCGUGGGGGACAAGAACCUGGUCCCAGAACAUUCCAGAAGCUCAGUCAAGGGUCUCCCUGGUCUGCCCUAGGCCCGGGGCCCAGGCGGUUGCCCUGGAGGUCCUGCAGGGGAUUGCUGCCUUGCCACAGCUGUGCAUUGUGCCCGCAGCCCAGCGGUCGGCCACUUGUCCUGUCACCCAGCAGCCAUUUGUCCAUCCAUCACCUAUCUAUAAAGUUGAGGAAUUUUGUCCCGGGACAAAAUGUGCCAUUUAUCCAAGGCCAGUGCACCUCAUGGGCUGUGUGACCCUCACCAACAGCAUCUGGAACCUUCCAUCGCCCCUGCUGGCUCUGAGCCCAGCCUGAUGCCCAUCCCCUGCCCCUGCUGCUGUGAGUCGUGUGCCGCUUGCCCAUCGUCCUCGCUGCGCUUUCCGAGUUUCCAAGUUGACAACUUUAUUGAAAACGGCAAUUUGACCCGUGGAGCUCACCCCCC